AUGCUGGAUAAUCACCCAAACGCUACUAUUGUUUGCGGUGGCGAUCUUAAUCACCUUGAUCUCACGAGACUUAAACGCAUUACUGGUUGGACCGCUUUAGUGGAUUUUCCAACACGAGGGGAUUCAUUUUUGGAUAAUUGUCUUACAAAUAGGCCAGAGCUCUUCGGAAAAGCUUUAUCUAUAAAGAUGCUGAUUAAGACGGAUCACAUUGGAUUUAUAGUUCCAGCGGGCAAGAAACUCAAGCCUAUUCGUAAGAAAGUGCAAUUUAGGGAUUGUCGUGAGCAUAGGAAGCAAGCUCUUUACCUUGCCCUCGCAUCAGAAUGCUGGGAUGAUGUUUUGGAGGCGGAUAGUAUCGAAACAGCUGUGAACAUCUUAGAAUUGAAGAUCCUGUCAAAUAUUAACUGGUGCAUGUCUUUACGAACGGUUUCCCUUUCGUCCCGUGAUCCAAGUUGGAUGACACCGCUAGUUAAAUACAUGCUACGUAGCAAGUUUCGCAUCUCUGUUUUACGCACUAAUAAGCAUAGAGAGCUUAGUAGAAAUGUGUUGAAGGUUAUUGGCGAAAACAGAAGGAUGCUUCUGGAGGGCAAAAUGGGGAGCAGAGAAUGGUGGAAAAACGUAGACUUGAUAUCUCAACGCCGGCGGUCCACAAACGUUUCGCUGGAUAGAGAGACCGCUCAAGAUUUGAACGAGUAUUUCGGUGACCUGUGUACGGAUGGCGAUUACGUUGAGCCCGCGUUACUUGAAAUUGGUCCUGAGGUGAAAGUCCCGGAAAUUAGUGAACGAUAUGUAUGGAACUCACUGAGUACUCUAAAGAAGACUGCAACUGGUCCUGACCAAAUUCCGUAUUGGGUGUGGAAAGACCAUGCGGAGAUCUUCACUCCAAUCAUUACUAAGCUAUGGAAUUUGUCUCUCGCUACGCACCAAUGGCCUAGAUCGUGGAAAAGGGCAAGUAUAAACCCACUGCCAAAAGUUGAUGUUCCAGUGGCAAGAGGGGACUUCCGGGGGAUCAACGUAACCCCUGUAAUAGCAAGAGCCCUGGAAAAGGCAGUCUAUAAGAUUCACGCCCAAAGGCCGGUAGAAGAACAGCUGUUGAAUAGUCAAUUCGCGUAUAGAGAAGGAGGGAGCUGCACAGAUGCUCUGCUACUUAUACAGAAUAAGAUCUGCAAGUUUCUUGAUGAUCCCAAGUGCAAGGCAGUGCGGAUGUUCGCGAUGGAUUUCAGUAAGGCCUUUGACUCUGUGAGCCAUCAACUCCUUGCUGAGAAACUUAAGAGUCUACCACUUAACCCGUAUAUCAUAAACUGGUGGUUAGGUUUUUUGCGAGAUAGAAAACAAAGAGUUAUUUUCGGGAAUCAUGUCUGUAAUUGGAAAACAGUUAACAAGGGCACAACCCAGGGUAGUGUUUCAGGACCUUAUUUGUUCAAUAUAUUUCUUAACGAUCUGGAAAUUAAAUUAGGGAACGAGACACUUGGUUUCAAAUACGCUGAUGACUGUACGAUUAUUGCUCCGGUAUAUUAUUAUAAAGAUCACUCUGUAGACUUAAUAAAUCAGUUUUUACAGUGGGCAAGCCAAAAUAGAAUGAAUUCAAAUUCUACUAAAUGUAAAGAGCUUAUUAUGUAUAAAAAAGGUCACACUGCUGAGGCCUACAAAAGUAUUUUUGGCAUACCUCAGACUAGUACAAUAACCAUUCUUGGUCUCACGUUUCAGCCGAACUGCAAAUUCAGUACUCACCUAAAAGAAAAGUUAGGUAAAGCUAAUAAAUGUUUAUACGUUAUCAGAUGCCUCCGCAAAGAAGGAUGUAGCCAAGCAGAAGUAGAUGUUUUAUUUAAUUCCAUUGUCCUACCUAAUAUUACUUAUGCUCUAUCUGUGCAUGGGGCCUCUGAGUCAGAGCUAACUAUAGCCCAGCAGUUUUUAGAUCGUUGUUUUAAACGUAGUUACAUAUCUAAGAAAUUAGUGAUAGGUGACUUACUUAAAACGCAAGAUCACAAAAUUUGUCGCAAGGUUUCAACUAUCCUGAGCCAUCCUCUUAGAGCCUACUUCCCUGAGACCAAGACCACGAGGUAUAAUUUGAGAAAUAAAUCCCCUGUCAUGCCCGCCAUUCGCACAAACCGUUUUAAGAAUACAUUUUUUAAUAGAAUUGUCUUUAAGUACAAUGUAGCUUUGUAA